AAGCAUUCUGUACAGACAGGAAAAAAAAACAAGGAACAGUUACAACCCUGUGGUCUUUCACAGAGAAGGCUUUUUUAUAUGAAAAAGACAAGUUUAAAAGUGGAUCUGGAUUAACAAUGGAUGUCCCAGAGAACUCCCCAGGGAUCAUGGGGUUGCUGAAAACUUUCGACGCUUCGGAGUUUGGAAGUUGGGAAAAGAUUGGCUCAGGCGGCUUUGGACAGGUGUACAAAGUUCGACAUAUACAGUGGAAAACAUGGCUGGCUAUCAAGUGCCCACCCAGCCUUCACUCAGAUGACAAGGAGCGUGCCGAGCUCUUGGAGGAGGCCAAAAAAAUGGAGGCAGCUAAAUUCCGCUACAUUCUCCCUGUGUACGGUAUCUGCAUCGAUCCACAGGGCCUGGUGAUGGAGUAUAUGGAAACAGGCUCCCUGGAAACCCUGCUGGCCUCAGAGCCUUUGCCCUGGGAACUGCGAUUCCGCAUCAUCCACGAGACAUCGGUGGGCAUGAACUUCCUGCACUGCAUGAAUCCGCCACUUCUUCAUCUUGACCUUAAACCUGCCAACAUCCUGCUGGAUGCACACUACCAUGUCAAGAUUUCAGACUUUGGCUUAGCUAGGUGGAACGGUUUUGCUAGGAACGAUGAUAUUAGCCGUGACGGGUUCUGUGGGACCAUUGCCUACCUCCCUCCAGAGCGGAUUAUCGAAAAAGAUCGAAUCUCUGACACUAAACAUGAUGUGUACAGUUUUGCAAUAGUUAUCUGGGGAAUUCUCACACAGAAGAAACCUUAUCAAGGGGAGAAUAACAUCCUGCACAUCAUGGUGAAGGUUGUGAAGGGGGUUCGUCCAGAUCUGGGGCUUAUUCCCCGCAGUCGACCACAGGCCUGCUCAGGGUUCCUGUCCCUCAUGCAGAAGUGCUGGGCACUUUCCCCAGAGGCCAGACCCAGUUUUCAAGAGAUUACUUCAGAGGCUGAGGAGCUUUGCACCAAACCCAAUGAGGAGUCAAGAGCUUCAAUUUCUUCAGAACCAGAAUCCCCCUGCCUUGCCAGAGCCAGUGAGCAGACAAACAACCAAAAGCCAGUGAGGCCGAAGUCAGAAGUCAUGUCAUCUGAGAAAGACUACAGCCUGUCUGAGCUGCUGAGUCAGAUUGACUCUGGGCUCUCUCGCAGUUUUAGCAAUGUCAAAGAGGAAUCCCUUGAGAGCAAAGACAACACCAGUAAGAGACUCUCAGGCAUCUCCUCUGUGGAUUCAGCUUUCUCAUCCCAAGGCUCCAUUACAUUGUCCUUUGAGAAGGAAAAUGUGAAUGACUCCAGUGAGUUACAGAAGAAGAAGCUUUGUGAAGCCAUUCGUACUGAGGAUAUUGCCAAACUCAUGAAGAUCCUCCAGCCACAAGAUGUUGACUUGCUCUUGGACAGUGGUAGCAAUUUGCUUCACUUCGCUGUGGGACUUGCUAAUGAGGAAGCAGUUAAAUUUCUGCUACUUAGCAACUGCAACCCUAAUUUGUCCAACAUCCACGGAGCUACUCCCCUCCACCUAGCCGCUGAGAAGCGGCUGAAGGGUGUGGCUGAGAUUCUCUUGGGCCGCAAGACAACCAACGUCAACGCAAAGGACGAGGACCAGUAUACACCUCUGCACUUCGCAGCCCAGAAUGGUGAUGAGGCCCUGACUCGUUUACUUCUAGACCGCUGUGCCUCUAUUAAUGAAGUAGAUGCCCAGGGUCGCACACCGACACAUAUCGCCUGUCAUCACGGACAGGAGAACGUGGUGAGGGUUUUGCUUAGUCGUGGAGCUGACGUCCACGUGAAAGGUAAAGAUGACUGGACAGCACUACACCUGGCUGCCUGGAAAGGCCAUCUUGGAAUUGUGAAGCUCUUGGUGAAGCAAGCUGGUGCUGAUGUUGAUGGACAAACAUCAGACGGGCGUACGCCGCUCCAUCUGGCGUCUCAAAGGGGCCAUUAUCGAGUGGCACGGAUUCUGGUGGAGCUUGGUGCUAACGUGCACCUGACAUCUGAUGGCCUCCACAGUCCACUUCACAUAGCAGCAGAAACGGGCCACACCAGCACUUCAAGGCUGCUGGUAAAACACGGCGCCGACAUUCAAAGCCAAACGGCGAAUGGCUGCACGGCCUUGCAUCUGGCUGCCCAGAAAGGCCACCUGCCCACUGUUAAAAUGCUUCUCGCCGAGGGUGCUGACCCGCAGAGUGCCAACCACGCCCAUCGCACACCAUGCCACCUGGCAGCAGAAAACGGUCAAUGCGAGAUCCUCAAAGAGCUUCUGCAGGAUUGCCCUAAAGUCGCUCAAGCUCAAGACGAGAAUGGCUUCACGCCACUUCACCUGGCCGUACAAGGUGGCUACAAAGACGUAAUUUGCGUCCUGCUUGAACAUGGCACCAAUACAGCACCGCUCUCUCCGCAACCUACUCGGGAGUCAACGCUAGAGGAGACAUCUGAAUCUGAGCCGGAGAGUCCGAACCCUCUCACCCCCACAAAUCUUCAGAGGAAAGUGGUUGUUCUGAAACUGACCAAUUAUAAAAGCAAUGAUGACAUACGAUUCCCUGUAGACUCACUGUGUGGAUCGGCUCCUUGUUGAGGGCCCUACUGGGGCUUGAGGCCUCACAGACUCUGAAGAACUUUUUUCAAGCUCUAUGUUUCAUUGACACUUUCUCCCUCUACUUAAAGAGAUAGUUCACACAAAAAUUGUAAUUCUGUUAUUUUUUACUCACCUGUUACGUUGUUCCAGACUCAUUUCUUUCAUGGAACACAAAAGGUGAAUUUAUUUGACCUUUUUUUAAAAGUGUUCCAAUACCACUCAUGCUUAAAAGCCUUGUGUGAGGAAUAGACCAAAAUUAGUUGUUAGCAAGGCUGGUACCUUAGCAAGCAUGGACCACUUUUAUUAUACCUUUAUGGUGCAUUUUUUACAUUUUGGUGCUGAGUAAAUGAUGACAAAUUUUUCAUUUUUGGUGGAACUAUUCCUUUAACAUUCUUUCUUUAUUAUAAAGAAUAAUAAAUGCUGGAAAAAAGGGACUCUUAAUAUCCAAAGGGACUUACUGUACAUAUUGUAAUUAUUUGGUUGUGGCCAAUCAGAAUAUUGACAGGUACUUUUUCCAAGGGUUUUGGCCUCUUGUCAGCUUUCCUCCUUGAUAAAAGAGUUAAUUUGUGAUUGGAAAUGCAUUUAUGUAUAUAUAAGUAUCUUACUAUUAUUAUUGUUACCAGAGGACAGUGAUGGUUAAUGCAGCCUCAAGCAAAACUUUUACAACACCCAAAACUAUUUCAGAGAUCUGAGGUAUUUUAGAAAUUUUAGAGUAUAGAAAUAUUAGAAUAAGCUAAUCCUCUGAAUACCAGUCAAAACGUACAUUAUUCAACAUUCUUCACUGUUAUGACUACUGAUAAUAUAAAGGUAAAUAGCAAUGCUGUUAGGCCAAUUAUAUUAUUAAAAUGGUUGAGUUUCUUUAUAAAGAUGAGUGUUUAUAGAGUAAUUUGGCGCUUUCCAUGGGAACAGUGCCUGAGGGGGAUCACAGGUGUGGGUAGACUGUAUGGGGGGAGGACUACAUCCCAUAUACCCUCAUGUUCAGACCAUCAGCUCAUUCCUGAGACCACUUUAUCUUUUCAUCACUCUUUAAAUGCCUUUUUUUUAUGCCAGGGGGAGCGUAUGUGUCAUUACCCCUCAUUUAAGAAGCACUGCCGAAAACAAGGAACCUGUUAAUUGCUAGGUCUUAAAAAUCUGUUUGUAGAGGGCCAUGGAACUGUUGAAUUCUGGGUAAUAAGAGGCUUUUGUCUGUGUUAGUAUCCACACAUCUGUAUCUGUACAAACUAAAUCUUCCAUAGCAAGGAAGCCAGUCAUCUGAAGUCAACACCACGUCUAGGCUUCACUUUGACUUCUAUAAUUGGUUGAUAAAGCUGCCUUGUCCUCUUCUUUUUGUACACAAAAAAGAUAUUUGUCAUGUAUUAAUUGUGUUUGCACAGUUUUAUAUUUGCACACUUUUUAUAUUUUAUGGAAAAUUAAAGUUCAUCAC